CUCCACCUCUUCCCUUUCCCCGCCUGCAGGAAGGAAGAGCCGGGCGCGGGGCGGUCUUCGGUUCUUGCUGCGCGCCCUGCGCUCGAAGUAUGUUUGCCCCGAUCCCAGCCGGUUACUUUUGCUUCCUGGGUGGGCGGGGGGGGGGGUGGCUUUGCCGGUGCCGCUCCUGAAGCCUCUCCAGCGGAGAAAUAGACCAGGAGUUCCCAAGGGCAGGUGCCUUGCUGCCCACGCGGCUCUUGCCGAGGGGAGGGAUCGGAUCCUGCUCUUUCCCGCAUCCUGUUCCCAUCGCCCCGUGGGAAUUCGCUUCCCCGAGUUAAUGGGAGGGCACGCAAUGCCUUAGAGCAGGCUUCCUCAACCUCGGCCUUCCAGAUGUUUUGAGACUACAAUUCCCAUCAUCCUUGACCACUGGUGCUGCUAGCUAGGGAUCAUGGGAGUUGUAGGCCAAAAACAUCUGGAGGGCCGAGGUUGAGGAAGCUUGCCUUAGAGACCCAGCCAGACCAUUUGGGCGUCUAAUCUCUAACUGGCCUCACCAGCCUUUCCCAACCAAGAUGUUCUGAGCCAUGGCUAAGGGUACCCAGUUGAGGAAAGGUGGUCUAUUCUGGGCUGCUGCCCUCAAAAUACUUGCAAAAUAUAUCAAGGAUGCUCCUGAGGCCUUCUUGUCUUCUGUUGUUCAAGGUGAAGGGGAUUAAGAUUGGGCAGCUGGUUUAUAAACAGAAGUGCUGUAUUACUAUUUUUUUAAAAAAAUUAAACAGCCCAAGACUUGCUUGGCUAGGAGAAAGCUACCCCUGGUGGACGUCUGCCUCCUAGGCAGCUGUUAAUUUAUUGCUGGAAGUUACAUAUAAAAUGUGUGAGAAGAGAACUGUUGCAAGCCACCCUGGUGGAAGAGUGGGUUAAAAAUGCAGUUAAGUAGAUGAAAUGAAAAAUAAAGUCAGAGGUGCAUGGAGUCUGGCAAGUCUACUGUAAGUGACAGUUAAAGUUGCCCUGCAUGCAAGUGACAAAUCUUCAAAACAGAGAUGCUUGCUUUAUUGUGCUACUUAUGUUUAUGUAAACAACCCAUGUAUUGAGCAGAACUAUUUAUGGUUGGUUCCCAGGGCAGGGGUUGCUUGUUUAUUUGUUUAGAACUCCAGAAUGCAGGAAAUGGUGUGUGGUAUAUUUCUUGCGGGUGGCAUAAUACAUCUUUUCCAUUCAUACGCACAUUUUAAGUCUUGGCCUUGGCAUAAUAACUCUGCUGUAGUGGUUAGAGCGUUGGAGUAGGACCUGGGAGACCAGGGUUCAAAUCCACACUCAGCCAUGAAGCUCACUUGGGUGACCCUGGGCCAGUCACAGUCGCUUUGCCUGACCUACCUCACAGGGUUGUUGUGAAGAUAAAAUGGGAAGGGGGGGAUCAUGCCUUGAGCUCCUCUGAGGGAAAGCACCAUAUAUGUGCAAUAAUUAAAUAUAAAUCACUAACUUAGGUGGUGAGAAAAUAGAGUGAAGCUGACAUGGGGCAACUGCUAUUUUUUUAAAGUGAGAGAUUUUGGCUAGGAACAAUUGUACAGUGGUACCUCAGGUACCACUGUACAAUGGGACACAGGUGGUGCUGUGGGUUAAACCACAGAGCCUGGGACUUGCCGAUCAGAAGGUCAGCAGUUCGAAUCCCCGUGACGGGGUGAGCUCCCGUUGCUCGGUCCCAGCUCCUGCCAACCUAGCAGUUCGAAAGCACGUCAAAGUGCAAGUAGAUAAAUAAGUACCGCUCUGGCGGGAAAGUUCGCUCUGGUUCGCCUGAAGCGGCUUAGUCAUGCUGGCCACAUGACCCGGAAGCUGUAUGCCGGCUCCCUCGGCCAAUAAAGCGAGAUGAGCGCCACAACCCCAGAGUCAGUCAUGUCUGGACCUAAUGGUUAGGGGUCCCUUUACCUUUACCUUUACCUCGGGUUAUGAACACUAUGGGUUAUGAACUCCUCUAACCUGGAAGUAGCUGCUCCUGGUUGCAAACUUUGCCCCAGGAUGCGAACGGAAAUCACAUGCUGGAGGCCCCAUUAGCGAACGCACGCCUCAGGAUAAGAACAGUUUCAGCUUACGAAUGGACCUCCAGAAUGAAUUAAGUUCAUAACCAGAGGUACCACUGUAUCCUCUUUCUGGUCUUUAUUGCUGAUAAGCCCACAUAUCAAAGAAAUAUGGCAUCUAGGUAACAUUUUAAUUUCCAGUUAAGAAAACAUUACAUUCUGUCUGUCCUACCCUUCCCCUUUUAUGUCUUUCAAAAAUGAAAGACAAGCAAAUGACCAUAAAUAUGGUAAUAUCCUAGAAGACAAUGCAACCAACCUAACUACAUUUACUAAUCAGAUAUCUGCCAGUCUUUUGAGGUGUUCGUCGCUACAGUUCAUCCUUUAGGCUGCACUCCAGUACCCAAUUUCCUGUGAAUAAAUCCUGUUGAACACACCAGGGCUUACUUCUGAGUAGACAUACAUAGGAUUGUGCUUGUGUGAGUCAGAUUUCCAGUGCCAGUGUUUCAGUAGCCUGAACUACUUGCCACUUCUAAAAGCUAACAAGCAGAAUGAGUUACCCAAAUACAUAUCGGCUCACUUGCCCCUCUCCCCAAAAAAAGUGUGUGACAUAUUGCAUGGUUCAACUUUUCUUUAUGCAAAAUUUGGGUCACUUUGGUCCUGGUUUUCCUUUUAAAUACAUGUUAUGUGCAGUCAUGUCAUGCUGAGAUGAACAGACUUAACUUUUCUGACACAAGAAAUGAAAUCUGUACAGGAUUUAAAGCUGUACAGGGUUUAAAUUGGCGCAGCUGUUGGACGUAGCAGUUUCAGAGCCAGCCACUCAUGCACGCUUGGGGAUUUGCAUGCAUGCGAUAAUUGAUUACAUUUACCAUCAGAAUUAACUUGUGCAGAAAUGCAGGGUAAGGCUGAAUGUUGAGGCAGAACAGAGUUUCUUAGAGCCUCCAUUGCUUUAGAUUUAAAUCCCAAGCAUUAACAUACAGCAACCACUUAGAAGAUGAAUCAGAUUUUUCUAGCAAUGCUAGGAAUUAUAGAAAUCAUAAUGGUGAAUGAAAGUCCACCACUCUGUGUGGUUUUUCUGUUUUUAUGAGGGACAAAAAGUUGACAUUUGGGUGAGGAAUCCACCUCUCUAGUCUGAGGGAGAAUGUCAGAGACUUCUGAUGUCUGCAUAAUCUAGAGUAGAGCUUUUAAAUUGCCUCAGCGACUUUGUUUACUAGUAAAAUGCUACUUUCUGCAGUUUAUGCUGAAGGAGUUCUUCCAAUUUGUUACGAAUUUGUUCCUCUUUUCUUAAACCAAAUCCCUUGUUCUCAUCAUGGUGGCUGAAACAGAUUAGCAAUCUGAACCCUUUCUGCCAUUAAUCUAUUCUCUCUUUCUCCAUCCCCGUUAAGCACAGCCAAGACUUCGUAACCCACAAUUCCACUUCUCAGGAAUGUGGUGGUUUUCCCAUAAAGCUACAGAACACGUUCCCUUGCCAGGGUCAUGAAUUCCUGAGAGGCCCCAUGUUGGUGUUUAUUGUUUUGCAACAGUGGCAAUCAGCUGGGAUGGAGGAAAUGUUGCUUAGAGGAAGGAUUAAGUGUGUAAAACAAUGAGAACUUUUGCCACUGGGUUAAUUGCAUUUGUAUUAUAGUGUUCUGGCACAGCAGAUUCCCUUAAUAUUUUGUGAGGUAUCCUGGCUUCAGCCACCAAGAGUGGACGAAAACUGCCCUUAUCAGCUUCUUGCCUUUAUGGCCCUGUAUUGCCUUUUUGUCUGACGGAACUUGAGGAGGAUACUCUAGGACAGGGAUUCCCAAACGGAAGUCCAUAGACCACCAGUUGCCCGCAAGCUUCAUGCAGGUGGCCCACAGCAUCUGUGUAGAAAUGCAAUUAAAAAUCAUACAGUAUCUAGCAUAGUGCAUUACAAUACCUAUCACAGGUUUUAAAAAAAUUAAAACGAGCCUCAGCAAAAACAAUGGGGGGGGCAGGUGGGAAGUUUGGUAUCCACUACUGUAGGAAACAUCUUCUGUGAUGUAUGUGUGGGUGCAUAUCCCUGCAGUUAUCAUCUAAGGUCCUUUGUGUGCCUCCACGAGUGGUCCAGAGGGCGGCAAUACGAAAACAGGCCUUUUCUUCAGUGGCUCCCCGUUUGUGGAAUACUCUCCCCUGAGAGGCUCACCUGGUGCCUUAGUUACAUACCUUUAGGUGCCAGGCAGAAACAUUUUGUGAGUAGCCCAGUAUACCUAAAGGAGCAUCUCCACCCCCAUUGUUCUGCCCAGACACUGAGGUCCAGCACCGAAGGCCUUAUAGCGGUUUCCUCCCUUUGAGAAGCAAAGUUACAGGGAACCAGGCCUUCUCGGUAGUGGCUCCCACUUUGUGGAAUGUCCUCUCAUCAGAUGUCAAGGAAAUAAACAACAAUCUGACUUUUAGAAGAUCUCUGAAGGCAGCCCUAUAUUGGGAAGCUUUUAAUGUUUGAUGUUUUAUUGUGUUUUUAAUAUUUUGUUGGGAGCCGCCCAGGGUGGCUGGGGAAACCCAACAAGAUGGACAGGGUAUAAAUAAUAAAUUAUUAUCAUUAUUAUUCCUCUUCUCCCAGGCCUUUGACUAAUUAGACAAUCUAUGGCCCUUUAAACUGUGAGGGUUUUAGUUUUUGUUUGUUAUUAUGCUAUGUAUUUUUUGUGGUUUUUUAUAUUGCAGUUUUAUAUACUGUGAUCUUCAGGUGAAGGGCAGUAAAGAAAUUUAAUACAUAAUAAUAAGAAUCCACAUGGGACCAGAUAUAUUUUCAUUUACAUUAGGGAUGGAAAAUCUGUGUUGUUGGAUUUCCAUCAGCUCCCACCCUGGAUUUAUAAAAUGAACUCAGACAAGCAGCACCCCCAGUUCAUAUAGUGACGGAAAUCAAGAGGUCCUGCACACAGUGGCUUCAACAACCAACAGCUGUUCACAAAUUGAACUUUUGAGUCCACAGUUAUGUUGGCUCCCGUCAAGCUGCCAGUUUGUCAAAAUGCAAAAUGAAAAGGGGAAAACAUUUGCCCUUGUCUGAAACAGCUCUGCAUAUAACUGGGGCAGUUCAGAGGUGAUUCUUUUUGAUUUAGGCAGUCAGUCUAUUAAUAAAGAUAUUUGGCCAGCUAAGCUUUACACAGAGUAGAACCCAUUGAAAUUAAUGGACCUAAUUUAGUGUUCAUUAACUUCAGUUGGUCUACUCUGAGUCAAACUUAGUUGAAUGCCACCCUAAGAAUAGUCAGGAAACAGGAAAGACAAAUACAAAAGACUCUGUAUCCUACAUGUGGGAAAGGGACCUUAUUAUACUUAUAACAGCGACCUUGCCAGAGACCAGAUGUGUCAUAUUAAAGAAAUUCAGUGAGCAUGUAUAAACUAUGAGAGACAUGGACAAACUUUAAAAGAGCUGGAGCAUGGGAUACAGAACGGUUUGGGACAUACAAAAUGGAACUGGAGCUUAAUGUGCUACAGAUCUGCAGGCUCCAAGGGCAGCAGCGUCUCUGCAGUCUUCUGUUAAUAAUCACCGCCAGCUUAGUAUUCCUGUAGGUUUUUUCUGCUUCCCUUGAAAACUAGGGAGAAUGACUGUAAAUACCAUCUCCUUAGCAUCUUUGGGCCUGAGAAAUUUCAGAUCUUUUCCCAUGCAAGUAGUAGUCUGUCGGCAAGGGUGUAUGAACUUCCAACACCUUUUGCGGCAAAGGGUGAGUGAGUAAUGAUCAUUCUCUCUCUCUCUUUCUCGCUCGCUCGCUCACUCUUUCUCAGCUGUACAAUUGUGCUAGCUGUGCCUUUGUGCUGCCUUGUAGUGGUGUCCUAAUUUGCAUUUCAGAUGAAUGGACGCAAUCCUGUUAUCACUCAUCUCCUUUCAUUCAGAUCCACUGGGCUUUAGCGAUGGAAAAAAUCUUGCUGCAAAAGAUAAUUGGAGUUCCUGCUUGCACCCCAUGUGGCCAGUAUUGCACACCCCUCAUUAUUUGUAUAUAUGGGCACCCACUCAGAGUUAGGCCCUGGUCAGUUGGGCGAUUUGAGUUGCCACAACUACGCUGUAGUGCACUUGAGAGUAUGUGCAGAACAGAAGGCCUGAAUGUGGAGGGCAUCAAAUCUUGUCCUCGUUCAGGGCUCCACAUUACCAAAGUCCACCCCUUAACCUUGAACCUUCUUGCGUUUUAAAGAUCAAAACAAGCACCUUGAGUUGAAUCUGAAAACCUAACUGGCUACAGGCUUAAUUUUGUACUCGUCUCUAUGUAAACAUUUGAUUUCUUCACCUUUUUAUUUUCCUCUUGUCUUUUAGUUUGUAUCGGUCGCUGGUGCACAUUCCCAUAGAUCAUGGUAAGAUCCUUUCUAUUUAUUGAUGGUCUUUGGCAUGUAUCAGUUUGGUAUUCAAAUUGUGUGCUGUGGUACCUAAAUCCACAUUAAUAUAUUGUUGUUGUUCGUUCAGCGCUUUUUACGAAACCUCUCGAAGCACCUUACGAAAGGUUAAAACACAGGAGAACCUCUGUAUUUAGAAUCCAUUGUUACUAAAAUUGAUAUUUACAUAUGUAUAGGCUACCUUGUCAAAGGCCCUCUGAAGUGUGAGAAAGGAGAAGAAGCCAGAAUAGCCUGGAUCGGAUCCGUCUACCACACAGCUCUCAGUAACUCUGGCCAAGUUGGCUGAUCUCUUGCCCAAUACCACCAUAGGGCUACUUACAAAUCAUAUCGCCUUGUGCAAAGGAGGUGAUGGGGAGAAACACACAACAGAGCAGCCUGUCAAGAUAACCUGAUUGAGGAGGCAGGCAUGAAAUGAGCAGGCAGGAGCAUCUAUCUCAGCUGCUAAUUAGCUGGUGACAAGCAUAGAAGGCAGCAACUUCAAGCACAAGUUGUUGCUUUUUAACCCCAGUGGCAUAUUAUUUUGUGUUGCAGUCCUACUACACUUGAUUGCCUGGUCGUAAGCACUUUUGAACUCAUUGGGACUGUAUAUAUAUAUGAGAGAAUAAUUUUGUAGAGUAUUGUUGUUAUUUUUGUGGGUGAUCACAGUCACAUUUUUAAUUGAGAGACGAUUUGUGUGUGUGGGUUUAAUGGGGAAAAGGGAUGACCAGUGAGUCCUUCCGUAACAAACAAGCAUUUUAAAGCUUUGUCUCAUAAUAAAGACAUGUGCUCAGAUUGCUUAGAAUGGUUAAGCAUAAAGAGGGCAUCAUGGCAGAUUUGGAGGAAAGAGAAAUGGGGCGUGAGGCGGGUGGGCCUUUGGGACCUAACAGACAUUUGUUGGAUUCUGUCUCUGUGUUUAUCCCUACAGCAUUUGAGUGGUGCUGCAAAACACAAAUGCCUCUGGGCAGCUGGCAGCGAAUAGUUGCAAUACAUGGAUAGCAGUUGGUUAUAAAGUCCAUGGUGCUGAUUCUAUGUGAAGAAGUGCAUGCGCUGCUGAGAAGAGUUGAGUCAUGUAGGUGGCGUACCUGUAUGUAGAGGAAUCAGAAAUAUAGGAGGAGGAAAGACUCUGAGGAUGGAUAAAGCCCCCUCCUAUAUUAUCAAGGAGAAGUUGAGCUCAGGCAGACCUGAGGAAGCCCAAACCUUGGAAGCCCUAACUGAGGAAUCUUCCUCUCCCUUCACUCCAUUGAGGCCAUUUCACAGGUUUGCCCCCCGUGUAGAAUUGACAAGAAGCUUCAGACAACCCCUAUUAGGAAUUAGGAAUUGUGUUUGCAAACACUUGUUUGUUUGCAGCUCUGUUCCACGCAUUCAUGUGUCCCCCUAAAUGACACUUGGCUGCUUCUUGCAGGGUAAAUAAGGAAGCAGCUGAGACUAGGAGUGGGAGCAAAAUGCUAUUUUUGGCAUAAGAAAUGCACAGACCUAAAACCAUGAGUGUUAUGUUGCAUACAUCUUAAGACAUGAGAUUCUCGAAAUAAGAGGUCUGUGAAAGGUAGCACUGCAAGCAUAAUACACGGUAUUACCUUGGAUCACGAACACCUUGCAAGUUGAACGUUUUGGCUCUCAAAUGCCGCAAACCCAGAAGUGAGUGUUCCGGUUUGCGAACGUUCUUUGGAACCCGAACGUCCUCCAUGGCUUCCGAUUGGCUGCAGGAGCUUCCUUGGUUUUGGAAGUCAAACGGACUUCCAGAAUGGAUUCCGUUGGACUUCCGAGGUACCGCUGUAUACAGCUCAGGAAGGCCAUAUGUUGUGAUGAAGAAGAUGGUGGUGAUGAUGAUUUGGGUUGUGCCCAAUUGAGUUCCUCCACUGAUGGAAGGCUCUUUGAUCCAGUGGAAGCUUCUAUGAGCCAAAAGGAGAGAGGAAGGCGAUUUCUGCAUAGUGCCCCUUUCUCUGUGCCACCUGCCAUACUGUUCCCCAAUCUUCUGGAGCGGAUUUUGAGAGGGAACUGCAGAGGAAAGAGGUGGAAAGUGAAAAUCACUUUCCAGUAACAGAAACCUCAUCUGGGUUACAGAGCCAGUGAAGAGACCCAAUUGGAAACAGCCUGAUGAUGGUGGUGAUGUGUAAUACAAUUGCUUCAACUGAUGCAAUGUAUAAUACAAUUGAUUCAACUGGGCUUUAUAGUUCUCUCUCUCUCUCUCUCUCUCUCUCUCUCUCUCUCCCUCUCCUCCCCCUUUUAAAUGUUUUUAAACACCUAGGCUUCUUCUUAACAUUCCCUACAGCAUUCUGAGGUUUCCCAGGGUCACUUCUACCCCUUCUCCUCCUCCCCUUCCUCCUCCGCCCCUCAUUCCCCCUAAAAGAAGUAUUUGGCUAAGCAUCAGAAUCACAAUUCUGACUACUUGAAACGAUCCUUUGUGUUCCUCUCCUAAAUUAACAACAGCUAGGCAAAUCAGCCAGCUGUAUUCCACUUUCUUUGCUGCAGUCGCCACCAAGAUCCGCUUGAGAAACAGUUUGGUUAAAAAGAACAGCUGAUAAUAUUUUGCACUUCAGCAUUGCCUUGCAGCGGAGCAGGAGUGUGUGUGUGUGUGUGUGUAAACAGCCACUCAAAACUGUUAGAACUAUUGGUGAUGUAUACUUAAAAAUUCAGUGAGUAAAGCUAGCAAACCUUAUUAAAAUAUAGUGCAGUUGCUUUCAAAAUGGAUACUGUCUUGACUUGGCUAUGUGACUAAUUCAGAGCUACAUAGGUAAAGGUAGCACGUUAGGGAAAAGGUUAAGCUAGUGGACAUUUGAUGUGGGUCACUUUCAAAUGCACAGCGAUCCAUGUACUUUUUGAGAUGAUAAAAUUUUGAGAUGCAAUUCUACCAGAUGCUCUGAAUGGUACAAUCACCACCUGGCAUUUUAUUUUCAUCCAGAAUGUGGUAUACCAAACCUGGAACCGAACUGAUUCAGUUAGAUCCAGACUUGGUAAUACUUAAGAGUAGACCCACUGAAAUAAAUAGGGCUUCUACAGCUAAGGCUGCAGUCAUAACAAGGAAGUAAGCCCCAUUAAAUUAAACAAGAGUUGGCAUGGUUAGGACUGCACUGUAAGUCCUGAUGUUCCCAAUAUUAUUUUCUGAAAUUUUAAAUAUAUACAAAAUUGUGAAUGCGUGAACUUUUUAAUUUUAAAAGUUGCAUAUAAAAAUAAUUUGGAGCUAUUUGCCCUUGAUCUUAAAAGCUGGUUUCCAAAGGCCAUUGGGAGCAGUCCAGUGCCAUUAAAAUAAUGGGAAUGUUGCCAUUGACUUCAGUGGGAUGCAUAUCAAGCCCAUUGUUACGGCUCCGCCCCUCCCCCACCAAAGCCUUUCAGAGAUGGGCUGGGAGGGGAGGGGGAGACUUCUACUUGUAUUCAAGUAUGUCUGACACAAAAAAGUGCGUCCUAUUAGUCCAUGGGAACCAGAAAGUGAAACUAGCCGUAAACAAAAGGAGACUGACCUCUUAAGACUCAUUGUCAAAACUGAAUGGCAAGAGUAAAUACAAUUAGGCUUUUGGAAUUCAUUUAUUCUUAAUAGUUUAGGGCGGAAUACUCGCGCGGCAGAAGUCAAUCCUGUCAAAUUCUGAAGCGUUCAGGAUUUUGCCUCCAAAAUGUAUAUUCAUAAAGCACGGAGACUCGGGGCUGCUUCAUGACCUCAAGUUAAUCUUGACAGCUUUUUCAUGUUGAAAUAAGAGUGCAGUGUUUCUCACCAUAGUAGUGAAUUGGGGGUUUUUGGGGGGUGCCUAGUAGGGAGGGGGUGUCAGUGUCUUGGUUCAUGUUGCCUUCACUUGAUGGAGGAGCAGGACACCCCACACACAGAUGACAUGGCAUGUCGUCUUCCAUGCCAACGCUAAUAGUUUGGAGGACUUGUUCACAUGAUUUCUCUCCUUUGAAAAAGAGGGAGAGAGAAACGGUAUUCAUGGGGGUCUCUUCAGUUAGAGACCCCCAGGUCAUCUGCAUAGUGGAGGGAAGAGACACUAGAUAACGUAUAAACUGGGAUUGCCUUGCUAAAUCUCUUGUCAGCUUAAAUGCUUGAGGGAUCUCUACACGCCAUUUAGCUCUUGCCCCACCGCUGUUUAGCUAUUUGAGCAUCCUUUUCGGCUUAAGCAAAUGGGUUGAGUUUGUGCAACCAGGUUCACAAGUGUGUGUUGACUGAGAGAGAUUAAUGCUUUAUUGAACUGUUGCACGUUGUAUCUUGCUGAUUAGAGAUGGGGUUUUCCACAGGCAAAGGAGGUUGCACAUCUGAUUGAUUCUUCUCUGUUAACAAAUGCUGGAUUUAAUCGUAGGUUGCCUUGAACAGAAGAAGGUGGCCAAGGAGCAAAAGGAUACCCUAGUUACAUGAGUGAUUCUCUUCUGGCUUGGGUGAAUCAAGGGAAAUGCUCUCCCUUACUUUAAGGAUAGAGUUAUAGUAGACACAGAGCAAGCACAACCUGUGGCCUUAUCUCUUAUCCACUUGGAGCUACUAAGCUACCCGAUUUCAGGCUCCUGGGGACUUCUGUCAACUUAGGUGAUCUUAGGAUUGGUGCAAAGCUGCCAGUGCCUUAUAAAUCAAAAUAUUUUACCAACCACCUUAAUGUGAUAACCACCUAAGAGCCAUGUGCUUGCAACUAAGCUAAUAGUAGGGCAGAAAGUUGCAUCGCUUUCCGAAUUAGUGGCAGGAAUGGGCUGCAUGAAUUAAUUGGGAGCUGGAGGACAUGCUGUAGAAAUAAUUGAUUUUUUUAUCUUUGCCCAUGUUCUUAGGGGGAUUCAGUGCCUCAAGAGAAAGGACCAUGGUAUUCCCAAAAUGUCUAUGCGAGAUACUGGAAGCAUUACAACCAAGCCAUGGAGUGGAUGAGCAGGCACCGAUAUGCUUACAGGAAAGCCAUGGAGUCCUUGUACAAUCUGCCAUUUCCUCCUUCUGAAAGUCUUCCCAGUGGACGCUACUCUGAUUGGGAUGAAGGGGAGACCCUGAGGACCGGGUCCUAUUCUGCUUUCACACAAGGGAGCCAACCCAGGCUCCCUCCCAGGUCUCAACAUGCCCCUCAUAAUGCCGCAGGCAGAGGGGUCACGGAGAGCGAUUCCGAAACAGACACCGACUCCGAAGACGAAGCGGAUAUCGAGUGUGACUUGAGCAACAUGGAGAUCACAGAAGAGCUCCGCCAGUAUUUUGAGCAAACAGAGAAGCACCGGGAAGAGCUGCGUAAGUGCCUUCGACCAUGUUCCCCAUGUUAUUAAUACAGCUACUCCCUUCUCUCUUUCUUUGAUCUAUAACAUACAUACAUACAUACAUACAUUUAGCGAUCGCUUUUUGGCUGCCUUUUAGGACCAAGCCCUCACAAGCCAGCUUACACACAUACAAAAUAUUAAAAUGGCAAUAUUUGAUGAAAAAUGCAAAUCUCAAUAAAAUACCAUGAAAAACAGCACUGGAAAGUAAAUAACAACAAGAUAACAAUAAAGCGCUAGUAGCAGCUCAGCCCAGAAUAAUAACUUUUAAAGCAAAUUUUGCAAUUCAGUAGCAGGUCAAACAUGUCCAAGGGGCAUACUUUCAAAAUCCCACCUCGUCUGAGCAGCUUGGGGUGACAGAAUUUGAAUCCAGAUCUCUCUAGUCCAAGGGUUCUAGCUCACUUAGGUUUUACUCAGAGUACACCCACUGAAAUGAAUGGGCCUAAUUUUAAUUGGUCUACUCUUAAGUACAAGUAAUAUUGGAUUCAAGCCCCAGAUCGUGGUUAUAUCCACACCAUACAUUCAAAGUGCUCUCGAAGCACUUUUAACAGUUAUUGGGUUGCGUUCAAUGUAGCACUAAGGUGAAUAAUCUGCCCCCCUCUCCUCCCCAUGUGCACACCCCUAAAUCUGCUCUGUGUUUUCCCACAACCGCCGGGAGCAGUUAGUUGAAUGCUGCCCAUAGCAUCCCCCAAAGAACCCUGGGAGUGGUCAUUUGCUAAAAGUGCUGUGAGUUUUUCGGAGAACCUUCACAGAGUUGCAAUUCCCAUCUUUAAAUGUGUCACGAGGAUGUUGACCUAUAUCUGCAACACAAAGCUGCACCUUUGUUUAGGUUUACAUGCAGGGCAGGGCAUGUUAAAGGAGAGAGGCAGAGAGAGGCAGAACUGGCCUAGUGGGCUUUUCUGGGAGGAAAAACCCUGCCAUUAAGAAAUCCCACCCCUUCUUGAAGUCUUUGAUCUAAUGGCACUGGAAUUCAGAAUCUGAAUUUGUGCACCUCUAUCAGUCUACCACUAAAAGGAGCCCCAUGUUAGUUCAUUUCUUUUUUUCUUUUAUGCCACCCCACCAUCUACCUUACGUCUUUUUGCUGCCUGCAGAACUGCUUCUUCAGUUUGUUUACCAUGGCAGAAAUAUUCCUAGAAAAACCCCCUUCUUGAGGGUCUUCUGAGAGCCAGUGUGAUGUAGUGGUUAAGCGUGGUAGACUGAUAAUCUGGGGAACCGGGUUCACGUCUCCGCUCCUCCACAUGCAGCUGCUGGGUGACCUUGGACUAGUCACACUUCUCUGAAGUCUCUCAGCCCCACUCACCUCACAGGGUGUUUGUUGUGGGGGAGGAAGGGAAAGGAGAAUGUUAGCUGCUUUGAGACUCCUUCGGGUAGUGAUAAAGCGGGAUAUCAAAUCCAGACUCUUCUUCUUCUUCUUGGCUGAGCCUGAAAGCCAUAAGGUGCUGUCAGUGUACUUGUUCAUACAGUGGUACCUGAGGUUACGAACAGUCCUGCUUACGAACACUUCGGGUUAUGAACUCCACAGACCCGGAAGUAGGUGUUCCGGGUUGCAAAUUUUGCCCCGGGAUACGAACGCAAUCCGCUUCUGGGGCCGCGGGAGGCCUAUAUAGGGAAUGCACGCCUCUGGUUAAGAAUGGACUUCCGGAAUGAAUUAAGUUCAUAACCUGAGGUACCACUGUAUAGACAUAUGAAUCUGGCACUUUUAAGGUUAAGUUUAGCAGAUAGUUGGAGCAGCCCAAUGGAAAUUCCUGGCUGUGUUGUUGGAAGUCUGGAGGAAGCCCUGACGUAACCUAUAAUAUGGAUCAGCCAUUUGCUUUUCUUUUCUUUCUUUCUUCCUUUGGCUUGAUUCCAGGACAUCUUUAACCUCUGAGUACUGCAGGAAGUUGGCUUUCUCUCUUUCCAACCCAACUAUAUUCCACUUUCAUAAUCGGAACUGUGCUGUAUUUGGGGAGAGGAAGCCUUUAGACAAAUCAGUAGCAUCUUCUCUGUGCAAUAGUUUGUUAAAAUGCCUUGGGGUUAAAAGGGCUUUCGAGAGUUUUUUAUUUUAUUUGACUGGCGUAGUUUUACCAUGCGAAGAAAAUCAUUAUUCCCUUGUGCGUUUUAUACUGAGACAUUCACAAAAUGCAGCGCCUGUUUUCUAGGCUAACAAGAGUCCCUUGCUCAGCAGCCCUUUCACCCACUAGAAUGUCUAUUAAGAAUAACAGCAGAGAUGGAGGAGGAAGAGUGUCUUUCCAACUCCAUUAUAGCCUAGAAGUGGUGCCCCCGCUCAGCCCCUUGAGACCUGGGUGUGUGGAAGAGAUACACCAACACUGCCUUUAAUUACAUAGAGCUAUUGAUUUUGCAGAGUGCAGUUUUUUAAGCAGAACAAAAUUUCAGGGCGGAAUUUGAUUAGGCCAAAUGCGAUAACCGCAUUAUCGUGCUUCGUCUUUCAUUCUCUGCAGAAAACCCCUCGUAAUAUAUAUAUUGAUAUUGACGGAACUGUAGACUGUUUAAAAAGAUGAAAGAAAAAUGCCAGGCAUCAUCACUGUAAUCUACAGUUCUCCUAUGUUCAUUGGCUGGAGGAGGUGGGGGGUUGGAGAGAUAGUCUGAAGCAGGGAACCUCCUGUGCUUGUAGAGGAAUCCUUGCACAUUUUAUAACCCUGGAAAAGCUUCUAAAAAGGCAGGAAGCCUCUAUGAUCACAGGAGCCAAACUCAUAGAGAGUGAUGAGAAUGGCAACUGGGGGUGGAGCUUAAUGCACCUGGCCGUGGAGCCCUUCCCCACUUCUUUACUUAACAAUAAGAAUGACUAAAGAGGGUAUUUCUCUUUCCGUUUGUCCUGUUCUUUCAAGCCCUCAGCCUAUUUUUCUCGGUCUCAAUCCACAGUCUCUAGCCUCUUCACUCUGCAUUCAUUGAUUUUUUAUUUUUUUAUUAAUUUUUAUUAAUUUUUAAACAUAUUAAUUGUCAUACAUACCACAGAACUUCACAUCUUAUACAGUCUUUUUGGACUUCCAUCAGCACCUCUGAUGAUCCCCCAUUUUUAUCAUUUCUUCUGCAUUUCUUAAAUUUAUAUUGCCUUUAAUUAUCUUAACUAACAUCCUCCUCUUUAUCCAAUUAUGCAAUAAUUCAAAUUAUUCACCUCACAAAACUUCCAAACCUACAAAUGUAAUCUGGUCAUCACAAUUACUUUUCAAAUAGACCGUAAUUUUACACCAUUCUUCUGUGAAUCUCUGGUCCCGCCGGUUUCAAAUUCUUCCUAUUAGUUUAUCUAAUUCUGCAUAGUCCAUCACUUUAAUCCUCCAAUCAUUCAUUGAUUUUUAGUAGGACACUGGCACUGGCCUGGUUCAGCCAACCAUGGUUUCCUCUUAAAAGAAUGCACUUCUGCUUCUCAACUAAGCACAGUUCCCUGUAGCACUAGAACUCAGAAAGUUUACUUCUAAGUGCAGUUAGGUGAUGGUUAUCAAACCAUGGUUUGAAAUCAUAGUUUGUUGGCUAACUUCAGCUCCUACGUUUAGACACAGUGGAGAACUGGGAUUAGUUUGAAAGUUGAAGUUGGAGCCUGUGGCAGGGGGGAGCUAUCUGUAAUCCCAAUGAGGGCAAAUGCUGGGAUGAAUGCUGGUUCUUUUGCAUCCCUAAAAUCUACCCCACCCUCUUUGUGCAACUUACCACUGCUCAUUGCCCACUUUCCUAGUAUGCAAAGUGAGGGCAGUCCAGAAAUUUUAAGGUGCUUUGACAGGUACUGAGGCCUGUGGAGCUUGUCAUCUUCACCCUGCAGCAAGACCUCCAGACCAAAUCCAGAGUUGUGGACCUCGUUUGGGGUUUUCAGGAGACAGUGGGGGGAAACUAUCUUCCAGAUUAAUUCCCAAUCAGAUUUAAUUCUGAUUGGGAGUGUGGUGGGUUUGCCCAUUACUAGUGAUGCGUUGUGACUUAAUACAUGGUUUGCUGUCUGUACCCAUGGAAUGUUCUGGAAAAUCCCAAGCGGUUGAUAGGUGUGGUCAAGACUGAAUAUAAUCCUUUUUUAAAAAAACUACUUCAUAUUCUUUGGAGUCAAGGGUAAGGAAAAAAGAACAAUAAUUGGCCUUAAAAUAUUUUUCAUUCCUUCCUUCCUGCUUUCCGCCCUCACUCCAGGAACCUCUUCAGAUUCUGACAGCCUGUGGGCUUCUAUACACUGCAGCCUCAGUUCUGUGCGCUGCCUCGACUCCCAACUUUGACAGUGAAGCAUUUUUUAAACUGGCAACUCCUGAAACCCUGUGCCUGAUUUAGCACUCCAAUAAGGAUGUGUUGUGUCUCUCCCCCUCCCUCCACCAAACCCACUCUUUUUUCUCUCUCCCUCUCUCUUCAAACAGCUUUUCUUUUCUUUCUUUGAAUUCUUCUCAGGUGCUCUCCAACCCUUUGCAAUUCACAUCAUGUGCUAGGCUCCGAGAUGGCCCCCAAACUAGCUGUGCUAACCGUGCUUAGCUGAGCUUUUACAGUAUGCCAAGUUAUUUACAUCAUUGCGCUGUAGAGAGUCAUAUACCGCAGGCAAAGUGUGGAAACAACUGUUAGAAAGCUACAAAAUGAUUCCUUCCCAGCAGACCUCAUCCAUUUGCUUCUUCUUGUUGUUUUUCCAGUAAGGAAAUAAGGCUGCAGUUUUGCACACACUUACCUGGGAGUAAUCCCAGUAGAAUUCAGUAGGAUUUUGAAGUAGACGAUGUACAUAGCAUUGCAGUAUAAGACUACAUCCGGUGAUUCUCCCUCCCACCACCGUAUUCAAAAUUAUUUAAUAGCUUACAUUAUUGCUUUAAAUUGGCAACUCUUUCUCAUUGUUCCUUGCAGAACUAGUAAUUCUAACCUGCAGGAGACUUUUUGUGGUUGUGUUUAAAUGACUUCCCAGAGGCUGUUUAUGAAGAGCAUGAAGUCAUUUUUCCGGGUUAUUGCACCUGUCAGAUGCAUCCAGCAUUCUGUUGUGAAGCUAUUCAGAAAUGCUGGUUAUAAAGAACACGAGACAGCAAAAUAGCCCUCUUAGAUUUGCCGAGAAGUUCUUAAAACUGAAAGGAAUAUAAAACACUGGCAAAAGCUUGCAGAGUUCUCUAAUGAUGGGUGGCCUCACUUUCAACACAUCCAUGCUGAACCUAAGAAUUUUCUUUGCCUUUGAUUUUUCUGCAUAUUAAAUUAAGCAAGAUUAAAAUCAAAAACAUAAUAGAAGGCUGCUUAUUUGCUGAACAGAAGACCUGAGGCUCCCCUGCUCCAUUGCAGUAAGGUAAAGGUAAAGGGACCCCUGACCAUUAGGUCCAGUCGUGGCCGACUCUGGGGUUGUGGCGCUCAUCUCGCUUUAUUGGCUGAGGGAGCCGGCAUACAGAUUCCGGGUCAUGUGGCCAGCAUGACUAAGCUGCUUCUGGCGAACCAGAGCAGCGCACGGAAACGCUGUUUACCUUCCCACCAGAGCGGUACCUAUUUAUCUACUUGACGUGCUUUCAAACUGCUAGGUUGGCAGGAGUUGGGACCGAGCAACGGGAGCUCACCCCAUUGCGGGGAUUUGAACCGCCGACCUUCUGAUUGGCAAGUCCUAGGCUCUGUGGUUUAACCCUUUUUAGUACAGCAGCACCUCGCAGUGCGAGUGGGGCUAACAAUUAGGUAUCGCUGCUGCUGCUGCUGCUGCUGCUGCUGCUGCUGCUGCUGCUGCUGCUGCUACAUAAGGACUUUUUUCAUUGUGUUCCUUUCUGGAGCAACUGUAGGUUGCAGGACAACUGAGCCCUGCAGUAUAUCUAAUCUGAUCCUUGUCUUGCCUUGUGUCCAGGCUGAACCUGGCUUUGUCUUGCACCCGAGUUGGGCUUUGCCUUGCCUCACCAUAUCACACAGUGGGAUACCCAGAAUGUUUUUGCAAAUCAUGUUGCCUUUCUUUAGUGCAUAGCGCUAUGGCAUUUGUUCUUGAUCUUCUCAGUAUUUUUUCUGCCUGUAACUUCUGCCAAUGUGGGUAUCUGCUUUAAAAAAAGAACUAAAUAAAAUUUGCACAUGACUUUUUGCUACCGAAGCCAUUGAACAACCACGGGGGGCGUUAAUGGCAAGAGAUAGUUUGGCAGGAAAUUCACCAUGCUUUCUUUAUUUUAGGUAAGGAAAUAGCAUGGCCCCAAACACUGUAUUGGGCUCAGGCUACCAAAUUAAUGUAAGAGACAGCGAACAAAUUCCACUGGCUGUGCUUUGCAGAGCUGAGAUACAUGGAAGCGUCAUUUCUGAAACAAGCAAAAAUUUAAACAGAUUGGCAAAUGGCUGGGGCAGAUGCUAUAUUUAGGGACUAUGGGGAGCUUCAUGUUGAUGGCUCCUUGCAGAGAGCAGUAGACAAUUCUCCUCAGGAUUCUGGACUUUCCCACCAUCAGUGUCUUUUCUAAGCUUGGCCUUUUUAUGGAUUUGCUCUGCUAGUGUCUGCAGCUGCCUUAAGGGCCUCCUGUAAUUUUUCUUCCCUUCCAUCUUCCUUCAGGGGAGCCUGUAAGAACAGCUGUUGGCGAGGGGAGCAAGUGAUAUUACUGCCAGGAGCACCUCUCAGGAAAAGUCAUUCCCUCCCUCUGAGAUUUCUUGUCAGAGCCCCACUCUUGGCCCAUAACCUUGAAAUCCUGUUUCUGUUUCCUGUGCUUUCUCUUUUCCCAGGAAAGUCCAGCUUUCUCCCAGCUGCUGAUUUUACUGUGGUUUGGUUUUUAUGAGAGGAAGAUCGAACUGCACUCUGUUUGGUCCAAACAUUUAAGAUCCUAGAUUAGAUUAUAUCAAUUGCCUUUUUCUCAUUUGUUGCUUCGCAUCAUGAGACAUUUUAUGCUUCCUUUUCUUUUAUAGUCAUGUAUUGCCUUUUAUUAAAAAUGGAGCUAAAAAGCUUGGAAAUGAUAGAUUCCUUGAAAAAGGAGAAGAAAUAAAGAGGCAGAUAACAGGCCUCAUCAGAUAUUAUUAUUAUUAUUAUUAUUAUUAUUAUUCACCACCAUCCCCUUCCCGAGACCUGGUGGGCUAACAGUUUUACAAGAUGUGGAAGAAUACCUCCUUAUGUUUUUAUCCCAUUCAGAAGAGACAUUUAUUUUGAAAAAUAUUGUGUCUGAGAGUGAGUAAGCGAGAGAGAUUCUACAUUUUACUGUUAAAUAUUUUAAUCAUAGAAUUGUAGAGUUGGAAGGGACCCUGAGGGCCAUCUAGUCCAACCCCCUGCAAUGCAGCCAUCCCAUAACAGGGAUCAAACCUGCAACCUUGGCGUAAUCAGCACCACGCUCUAACAAACUGAGCUAUCCAUGCCCUGAUGUUAGCAUAUAUAUUUAAUGUUAAUCUUUAAUAUCUACCCCCGUGAGGGGGUGAGCUCCUGUUGCUCAGUCCCUGCUCCUGUCAACCUAGCAGUUCGAAAGCACGUCAAGGUGCAAGUAGUGCAAGUAGAUAAAUACUUCCCGGCGGGAAGGUAAACGGCGUUUCUGUGCACUGCUCUGGUUCGCCAGAAGCGGCUUAGUCAUGCUGGCCACAUGACCCGGAAGCUGUACGCCGGCUCCCUCGGCCAAUAAAGCGAGAUGAGAGCCGCAACCACGACUGGACCUAAUGGUCAGGUGUCCCUUUACCUUUUAAUGUUAGAUUUCCCUAAUGUUGUUUAUCUAAUGCCCCCACUAUUAGGUGAUGCUGUCACAAUGCCACCCAGGGGAUCUGAUCGUGUAGCAAAAUGUGCCACAGUCUAAAUUCUGAAGCCUGCUAUAUAUAUAAUCCAGAAAUUAAACAUUUGGAUGCUACAGUGACAUUUCAGAUUCCAGGAGAGACAAGUGGGAGGCAACAGCAGUCUUCAAAAGCCAGAUCCUGGAUUCCAGUCAAGUUUAAAUUAGAAUCUGUUCUAAGAAGAACCAGAUUAACAUGCCAGUUUACUUUAACCAAAAAGUUAAGUUUAUUCACAGAGCAAAUGGAACGUAGAAUUUCACUCCAAAAAUAAACAGAGAAAAUGUGAAUUCUGACUUGUAAUGCUUGUGUUAACUGAUUAGAGAGGCAGUUAAUUUAACUCUACACCAAAAUAUCCUCAGCACCAGGCAGCAGGUUUGAGUUAGAAAUAAAAAGUCCCCCCUUUGUCCCCAGGGCAGAAGAUGUAACAUGGAAUCUAGGAAGCAGGGCUUUUCUGGUUUGUACCCUUAGCAUAAACUUUGCUGUGUAUUUAUAGGAACUUGUCUGCAGAACUGAUGCAUGAAUGCAUGAAUGAAUAAAAUCUUUAUUGCUAAAAACUAUAAGCCGUCACAAUUGGUCACAAUGCGUAGAAUACAAAUAAUUAAUUUAAAACUGAACAGCAGCAACAGCAAAGCAAACAUACAAAAAUGCAAAGAUCACACCUGGCAUGCCCUGCUGUCAGACCAAGAUUAACCAGUGGAUUCAACAUUUUGCAUGCACACACAGGAAGAGAAGGUUAGGGAUCUGGGCGAAACAGAGGCUGGAUACAGACUUUUAGUUACCUGCCGUUUUGUACAAGAUAACCUGUUGAAUCCCUAUCUUUCUGCAACAGAUGCUGCCCAGUGGCUAAUUCCCAUGCCAUUCUUAAAUGUGUUUAAAAUUUGAAUCAUGCCCUCACUGAAACUUCUCCCAUGAUGUGCCCACCCCAUGUGGUUAAACCGCAUCAGAUCUUGCCAGCUAUUAGCUAAAUCAGUUUUGAAGGUAGAAUUCAUCUGAAAUAUGUGACAAUUUGCCACUUUAAAGUAAAGAUAAAGGCACCUCUGACCAUUAGGUCCAGUCGUGAAUGACUCUGGGGUUGCAGCACUCAUCGCGCUCUGUAGGCGGAGGGAGCCAGCGUUUGUCCACAGACAACUUCUGGGUCAUGUGGCCAGCAUGACUAAGCCGCUUCUGGCAAACCAGAGCAGCACACGGAAACGCCGUUUACCUUCCCGCUGGAGCUGUACCUAUUUAUCUACUUGCACUUUGACGUGCUUUCAAACUGCUUGGUGGGCAGGAGCUGGGACCGAGCAACGGGAGCUCACCCUGUUGCGGGUAUUCAAACCGCCGACCUUCCAGUCGGCAAGACCUAGGCUCUGUGGUUUAGACCACAGUGCCACCCGCUAUUAUUAUUAUAGUAAUAAGCCCCAUAUUUGCUAGCUUUUUAAUCUCACCCUUCUUUUAAGGAAAUGAAACAACACACAUUGUUUGUGCCCCUCUAUCUCAUUUUCACAAUAGUCAACUAAAGCAAGCUGAACCCAAGGUCACCCGAUGUAGGUUAUAGCUGUGUGGGGAACUGGACUUUGGGCCAUAUAUAGUCCAACAUCUGUCCAUGCGUAUAUUCAGUUACAAAUGUCACUAUGAUUGCUGCUUUCCUCUCCAGUGAAAAUGGCUCUUUCCUUGCAGAAGAGACAGCAAGGUGCAUUUGAGACAGGAAGCUGCCUGAUCUUCCUCAAAUCAGAUUUAUUUUGCGAGUGUGUGUUUCUCCAAAGAGAGCUGUUACAUUCGUUCCUCACUACCAUAACUUUGCCCUUCAACUUUUGCCUUCAGUCCCUUGCCAAGUUUAAUGUACUUUCUGAAUGUAGCUAAUUGUUUUAGAAUGCUGCAGCGUGUCGCCAAAUACAAUUAGAAACCAAUCUUAAACUUCAGAUUUGAACGGAGUUUUUGUAUUGGAUUAAAUAGCGCCGGUAAUGGAUAUUAUGAUGUUUAUCUAAUUCUGUCAAACGUUGUAGUUUGAGGUUUAUUAGGAAAUGUGUUCCAGAUGAUUCAGAGCUGCCUUGCCACAGGCAUCUGAGGACUUUUGCUCCAUAUUGAGAUUGAUGGGGAAGCAGGAGGGGAAGAAUACACACACACACACACACACACACACACACACACACUGAAAGAGGAGAAAACACCUGUUCCUUCUGUAGUCCAGUCAGUUUGUAGCUGAGCCAAAAGUUUAAGGGCUAGUUUACAAAUUGCUGUUUCUACAUAAGGACAGCUCCUAGCCAUAGCAUCGAGAGUGGCUUGUCACUUUGUUCUACACACUACAUCUGGAUGUGGGAAAUGGCUGCCAUUUCAGACCGUGUUUUAGGAAAAGGUGUUCCAUUCCCACCACCACGGCUGUGUGUUUCUACAUUCUCCGGACUCAAGGUGUUCCAGUUAGCAGGGGAGCAAAGGAGACAGGAUAAGGUGUCCUUCAGCCAUGACUGCUGGUGCCAAACUGAGCAGCCUCUGCUCCCCUUACCUAGCAUGUUACGAGAUCUUUGAACUGGAGCAUAUGACAACUGCCGUCUUCUGAAAGGGUACAUCUUAAGGAUGGGAGGCGUCACUCUGCCAGGCAAAUAAUUGCACUUUCAAUACUGGGCUUCUGCUCUGACAUGCCAUCAUCACCUCUGCUACUGGAGGCAAUUUCUGGAGGCUACAGAGCAGCUGCAAUGGACCAGUCCAUGGUCUUGGGGGAGAGGGGGGAGGACAUUAGAGCAAAGACCUUUCGCAGUCCAUCAUUUUGUUUCCUCAGCAUUCUGUUUUUAGGCUGGAGUCAUUUCAAUGUCUGUACCCUACUAAGAGAUUAGUGUGAAGAGAAACUCUUUUCUGAAGCACUCAUUUCUGUUGGAGAGUCUUCUGUAUUGUCCUGAGCUUGCUAAAGGGUGUGGUGCUGGUAAUUCAGUGAGUGUCUUGGGUUUCUGUGAUGUCAUGGAAGGUCACAAGCGUUUUAACUAUUCCAGGGCAGCCAACAUGGUGCCCUCAAGGUAUUGCCAGACUACAACCCCCAACAUCCCUGACCAUUGCCCAUACUGACUGAAGCUGAUGGCAGAUGGAGAAACAUCUGGGGGGCAUGUUGUUGGCUCCCCCCUAUACUAAGUGAGCGAGCUGUGUGUGAGCUUUGCUCCAUUUUGUGCAAAGGGCAAAACGCCUCCCCCAAGUCAUCCCUUUAUAUGUAAAAGGGGCAGACAUUUGUCAUGUCUAGUAUGUCUCUCUAUCAUGGCUUUUGUCUGAAAAAAAAAUGAAAUGUGUUCAUUGUCUUUGAGAGGCCUUUCUGAAGUAAAAGAAGACAUGCUUGUAGUGGUUACAUUUUUUUCAGUGACAGGCUCCAGUGGGCAUUGUAGGCUAAUAUUUCUUUUAUUCACUCCAGAUCCUGUUUUGGUUUUUUGUGUGACACCUCAUUCAUUCUUGUCAACCUGUCUGUUAUUUAAAGACUGACUUUAUGUCUGAGCACACCUGGAUGAAGGGGAGGGAGACUGAAUUGAUACUUGUCACUUGGGGAGACUUUAUGAUGAAAUGUGGCUGGGGACCAGUAAAUCAGUCAGACAUGUGAAAGCACAUUAGCAAUACUUGGACAAAGCAUCAGCGAAACUGUCCACUUAGUGAUAAAAAUGUCACUUAGAAUAAUUUGCUCUUCAUGCUGCAGCUGGAUAGCACCACAGCUGGAAGGCUCAUGUUGCCAUUGUAAAAUGCUGUGACAUAAUUAUAUUGUAUAGGUUGAAACAGUUGUGCUACUUGGUGGGAACUCUUGUCCUUUGUUUUUCCCAGGGAGAUUUCAGACACUCUGACCAAUUCCCUUAUUUGUUUGUUUUUAUAGAAAGAUCCUUCAAGUAUAACAUUUCAGCUGAUGUUCUUGCAGUCUAUCAAACUUCAAAGGGGCAGCCUUUCAAUCUCCAUAGUUAUAAAGUGUGAUUCUUGGAUAGUAUAAUGAUCACAGAAAUAAUACAUUUCAGUAAAAUAUUGCUCGAAUGUCAUUGGUCCAAUGUUAGUGUUACUUGAAUAUGUAUGGGAGGACACAGUUGGCUCUUGAAACCGAACAUCUGUUACGUGGCCAACUGUUAUUGGACCAUCCCAGUUGGUAGAGCAUGAGACUCUUAAUCCCAGGGUUGUGGGUUUGAGCCCCAUGUUGUUGUUGUUGAAAUACAUAAUCAAAAUAAAAACAAGAACAACUCAAUAAUCCCCCCCUCAUUUUGGGCAGAAGAUUCCUGUAUUGCACAGGGUUGGACUAGAUGACCCUCGGGAUCCCUUCCAACUCUGCAAUUCUAUGAUUCCAGGCUUCGCUGUGGGUCUUUCCAGAUGAUUCAGGAGCUUGAGGAUUGCAGAGGAAGCAGGAAAUGGCCAGGCCAAGUCAAGUCCAAUUGGAGAGCAGGCAAGGCCAGGACCUUGGACAGCUCCAAAGCAGCCCUGGUUUGUUCCACCUCUGGCUGGUUAAAACACCCUGGCCUUAUUUUGCAAUUUGUGAGGCUGGGAAUAGGGGCGGGAGGCCAAUCCUCUGUGUUGUAGGACAGUAGUGGCCAGGAGGGGCCCAGAUAAGAUGGUUCUCUAUCGGGCCUCCUUGAUGGACCUCUGCCCAUUAAUUACAAUGGGACUACGCUGAGUAUAACUGACACUGGAGACCAUCCCAAUACUGUAUAUCGGGGUGGUGAAUCUCAUAGCCUGCAGGCCCUUGUUACCUUAGAAAAGCACCAUUUCUCUCUCUCUCGUGCAACACCAGCAUUGGAAGGGAUUAGAUUAAAGGUCUGACUAACAUCGGUCCUUUAAUUUCAGUGCGUCUCCUCCAAAUAUUACUCAGUUGACUAUGACCCUUGGUUUUUCUGUGCCUGUGAGAUUCUGAACUUCACAGUUGUGGGCUUAAGCCCCACAUUGGGCAAAAAAGAUGCCUGCAUUGCAGGGGGUUGGACUAGAUGACCCUCAUGGUCCCUUCCAAAUCUGUGAUUCUGUGAUUCUAAGAGAACUCUAUGAAAACUCUCCAUAGAUAACCGGUGGAGAUAUCUGGGCUUUUAUCAUGGCACUGGUGUUUCCACAGCCAAACACAAAACAGCAGUAAAGAGAGGAGGGUUCCUGCUGUUUUUCCUUUCAGAUUUUAUUUCUUGUGAUUUAUUAUUUACUGACUAGUUUUUUUAAAAAUAAAAAUGGCCCAUUAUUUUUGCAGGUAUGCAGAGGCAGGAAUAGCUUACAGAGUCAUGCAACACAGCCUUACGCAAUACUCUCCUAUUAAUAUUGCAGAGGGGUAGGAGUGUCGACUGGAUCGGCUUUUCAAGUCAAAAAUCCCCCAUAUAGAACACUCCUCAGACUUGAAAUCUUGAAAAUUGCCCCCUCAGAACCUCCUCCUAGCCCACAGCAGGAAAUACUCUGGCUAUACUACGAGUUUCUAGAUCUUUGUUGAACUGCAUGAGUUUCUACUUCUUCGUUGAGUUGCAUUAAUUGUUUUGAUGGAUUUGUUGUUCUUGUUUGCUUUAUAUGCUGUUGUGUUUCAUAUUAUAGUGAUUGCAACAUGUGUUGCUUUUUAAAUGCUACUGUGAUUAUUGCAAGUGGCUUUGACCUCAACAUUUGUUGUUGGUUGAGUGGGAUAUAAAUAUUAGCCCAGAAGCGCUUCUCCCCUUCACUGGCCUUAACAAUAUAAUUCACAAGUAAACAGAUUAAAUAAUUAGCAUUUGGCUGCCCUUUUGUGACACCCAAAAUCAGCUUCUGGAGGCAGACAUCUCGCUUCACCUGAUAUUAUGGCCGGCUCUGGAGAGAGUGUUUUGCUUAAGACCUCCUAAUGGCAAAAUGAGAUUGUAGCUCUGUCUUCAGACUUGCCUCCUAGGAUGAAGCAAAACGAAGAAUUGAGGACAGUAGGACAGUAUCCAGGCACGUGAAAAUCCCUGUGGCCAGAUUCCUCCUCUUCCAUGUCACACAUCUACUGUGUGAGUAAAUGGCUAUGCACCCAUGUUGAGUGGCGGGUGCCAUUGAUUUAACCAGAGGGCUUUUAAUUAAUGUGUAGAUUGAAAGAAAGAAAUGAAAUCCGUAUGAAGCUUCACACAGCUGAUCAGUUAAGAGUGAUCUAAUGGCAAAAAAACAGAAUAUGAAGGACGACUAAAAGGGAGGGAGAAGAGGGGGACAUAGGAUUUCACUGCACAAACUUCUGUGCUUCAAUUAUAACCCCCUUAAGGGCCCCUUUGCAAAACUGAUGGACAAGGCGGCCGGCUGGGUUGCCAAGAAGCAUGGAAACAAUUUUAUUUUAUUUUGUUUUUUUACUUCCUGAGACCAGCUUGAUCCUGAUCGGUGGAACUUAUGUUAUCCUUUGUCUAUGCACCAAUAGUUACUCAGACAACUGCUAGACAGCUGGAGGUACUAUUCCUGGCGGUAGUGUAUUUGUAUUUAAAGAAGUAGUAGUUAACAAUCACAUAGUGUGUUUAACACUUAGAAACUUUUACUGGGGAAACACAGAAUAUAGUAGGCAUUAUAUUUUUCCCCCCAGUUCUGCUUCGUUAAACCUAGCUUCACAAGAAUACUCGAUUUCUUUCAUUGUGUGCAUGUGUGUUUUAUGUCUUUGAAAGAAUGGAAAGAUACUUUCUAAAACAAGUGUCUCGUUUUAUGUUGAAGUAACACCCACCCGUCACAUUUACUUAUGGAUUACAUUCCACUAAAAUCAUGUUACUUGAAAUCAGCUUCUUCGUUCAUAAUUGAGUUUACAACUACUGAUACUUUAUUAAGCUUAUUAUUGCUUAAAGCGCAGGCAAAUAUGAUUAUUGGCCAAAUAGCUUCUGGGUUUCAGUCAUUUUUAUUUCAGUAUAUCGAUGCAUUAUCCUAGUAGAAUAGGAUAAUGCAUUAUUCUAAUAGACCGUGUGCAAAGUAUGUGAGUAACAACACACCAAGAUGUGCUGAGUUUAAUCCUCCAUUAAAUGCAGCUACUGGCUUCGUCUGGUAUCAGAGCUGUCGAAGGAGACAGAUUGGAGCCUUGCGGGGGGAGGAGAGACAGCGCAGCAGAGUCAGCUGGUCUGCCUGUAAUCUUAUUGCUGUAGACUUGAUCCUUUCUAAAAGCAACUGCCAAUGUCUGAUCCUGCACUAUUAUUAUUAUUACUAUUAUUAUUUGGUAAUAUUAGGGAAUAGUUGGAAUGUACCAGACCACAGAUGUUACAGGUUUCAUAGUGGCAUCUGUGAUGUAUUGAAGUAAAUUGAAUGUGUGCUUACCGUGUCUUCUGGACUGGAGAAGACAAUUCCCAAUGGCAUAGCAUAAGACAGACAAUGCUUUUCUGGCCCUUAUGGAGGCAAGCAGGAACAUAUUAUUACUAUUAUUAUUAUUAUUAUUAUUAUUAUUUUAUUUUCCAUUUCUUUCCCACCUUUCCUCCAAGGAGUUCAAAGAGGCUUAUGUUUAAUCCCCACAACAACCCUUUUAGGUAGGUUAGGCUGAGAGGCAAUGAAUGAGUGGCCUACGGUCACCCUGUGAGCUUCAUGGCAGAAUGGGGCUUUGAACCCUCGUCUCCCAAGUCCUAGUCUGACACUCUAACCACAACACCACACCGGCUUUUUAUUCUCUAAAACGCUUUCUCAUCUGGAACAACCCCUUGACUGUCCAAGGAAAAGCUUAAUUUUUUUUGAAAUUUUUAGUUUGUGGGGGGGAAUGUAUUGGCCUGGGGAGGUCCGUGAGUUUAUAUAAUCAAGCUUGCAGUAGUACACCCAAAUCCUUUACAUGCUGUCCUUGGUUCCCACUUCUAAAUGUGGUCCAGUUUAGAGCCAGUUACCUGCUGAAUCUCCGGCCAGCCUCACUUAGAUUCGCUUUUACUGAGCUGUGUUUUCAAGCUGUGCCCUCUGACAUCCUAGACGGAAGAUAUAACAGGGUACUGUAUGAAGACAGACUUUGUAUAUGUGGGCAACCAUAGAUGGAAGACAUCUUGUACUAUUUAGUAUAUUGCCCACUAUACAUCGGACCCAGGAGGCGAUUUCUCACCUGACCAUCAAUGCAGGAAAGAUGUCUCUCCCCAACAGAGAAGGUCCUAAAUGCUUCAGUGACUCAUAAAGUCACCCUUUUUGCUUUGGCGGCCACAAAGAUCAGAAAGAAGACCCUGGACAUGCAGAGAUCUAAAUACAGUGUUACCUCUGGUUACAGAUGCUUCAGGUUACAGACGCUUCAGGUUACAGACUCCGCUAACCCAGAAACAGUACCUCGGGUUAAGAACUUUGCUUCAGGAUGAGAACAGAAAUCGCACAGCGGCAGCAGGAGGCCCCAUUAGCUAAAGUAGUACCUCAGGUUAAGAACAGUUUCAGGUUAAGAACGAACCUCCAGAAAGAAUUAAGUUCGUAACCUGAGGUACCACUGUAGAGACCAUUAUUUGUGGUGUGACACCCCUUUUGCUUGCAUUUAUUUUUGAUUCAGAUUUGUCAUGGCCAAUGGCUAGUACAAUAAAGUCAUUUGGAUUGGAUUGGCUUGCAGUGGGAAAAGUAGACAGAGAUAAUAUCUUUCUCAAAUGCUAGAACUGGGUUCACUCAAUGGAACUGAUGGGUGGUAGGCUGGGGCAGGCAAAGUUAGGGUAGAACUAAUUGCGGCCUUUGACAUGGUUAAGGUGUUUCCACCUGUCCCCAUCUGGAUGGACAAGGUCUAAGUUGCCAAGCUGAUACUUGGCUAACACUGGGUUGUAUCUAAUGCUAGCCCUAAGCAGUGUGGACCCAUUGAAGUGAACAAACCUAAGUUAGUAAUGUUCAUUAAUUUCACUGGUUCUGUUCUGAGCAAGACUAGUUGGGUUUCCACCCAUUGUUCUCAGGAAUGACAUCCAUUGGUAGGUACACUCUUACAAGCACCUUCUGAAUAAGGAAGGCUUCUGAGGUCCACAGAUCUUUGCCUAUUUCCACCUAAUUACACAGAUCAGUUAAUCUUCGUACUUGGGAUUUUCACAGCCCCAACCUGUUAGCAGAAAGCACCAGGAAAGUGCUUUAAGAUUCACAGCAACAUUUGACUGGCUGAUCUUAGAUUAAAACGUGAACAAGAAGAUGCCACUUGUCAGUUCACAAUGGUUUGAUAAGAGAAGAGUUAGGUUGACUAACAUCAGUAUUCCAUCAUACUGAUUUACUGCUGGGGGAUUUCCUGCUUGGUAUCAGUUUCAGCUAUUUAAAAUUACAGAUCUUUUGAAAGACAAUACUUCUCCAUUUCAAGAAAUGGCAGGCAGUGGGCCAAUUUGGUUUCACUAUCUUCAAAUUAGAAACGUUACAAGGACUCAGAAAUACCAGAAUGAACAUGGGGAAACCUUUGCGGAAAAGCUCAUACUGCCCCCUUUGCCAAGAGGAUUAGUAAGUAAAUGAUAUUAUUUGAUUCUGUCAAUGAAUAAGAGGAAAUUACAUUUCAAGCACAAAUUGGAAUGGGGUUUUGGGAAAAGUAUAUUUGAUGAUGAACGGAUCUGAUUGUGGGAUAAUAUUGCAAAAAAAAAAAUUAAUGUCACAGUUGAGAGAGCCUUUUCAAAAGCCCAGUUCCGCUGAUAUCUGUCCCCUGAUAGAACUGUCAAAAUGAUAUGAAAUUCCUAGUACUAUAUUCAGAAAUUCUGCUCUUGCAGUAUUUUAAAUGAUGUACUUUGGAAGUGAGUGUGUGUUCAGUAACCUCUGCCAGAAUUUGUACUGCAGCUGUCCAACACCUGGAGUCCUCCAGCUAUUGCUGGACUACAACUCCCAUCAUCCUUGAGCAACUGGUCAUUCUGCCUGGGAUUAAUAGGAGUUGGAGUCCAACAAUAACUGGAGUACACCAGGUAGAGGAAGGCUAUGGUACUGUUUGAUCAUAGAAACAAUUGCAGCCACCAACGCCAUCUAAUUGGUAUAAAACCAUUUUGGUCACAUUUUGCUUAUUCCUCACAUGCUAAGGAAGGAACAGAAACAGGCAACUACAUAAAAAGGGUUUUUUAUUUAUAUCACAUUGGAAUGAGUAUUUCAAUGGUGAUAUUCAAUUAUUUUCUUUAUUUACACUUCUGUAUGGUUGCUAAUCUUUUUGCAUUCUAAUUUUAAAAAGUGCUCUGACUGUAUUGUUCUUGCACCAGAACCCAAGCCUUCAUUGGUUUUACAGACCAUUGCUCCCGAUGCUGCCAAGCAAGCUAGCUUAAAUAAAGUAGUUAUUAUAUGUAUUUAUAAAGAAGAAAAUACGGUGUGUUUUUAAAAAGAGAACAUUUUGAUUUGAUUCCAUAGGGUUUUGGUUUUUUAUCCAAGGAUCUUUAAAAGGCUAUUAGUUGAUUACUCUUUCCAAAGACCCUACGAUGUUGGAAAGAAAUAAUAAUUUUGUAGAUCAAUGCACAAUUAUUGCCAAUUCCUCUCCCACUCUGUCUGUAUUGAAACAGCCAUUAUGCUGAUGUUUUAUCGACAGCAGCUUUCCUUACAGCAGUUUCAAUUGUGUGUUUUCCUCUAGGAGUUCCUCAGUUUAAAAGGCAUACCAUAGUUUGCAUUGAAUGCACUUGACUUGGAAAAUAUGGUUUCUGCCAUAUUGGAUCUUCUCAUACACCUCUUCCCUCUUUUGCAGGUUAGGUAGCCCACUGUUAGAAAUUCCUCCUUGCUUCUUUGUCCAGUAAAACUCUCUGUCAGCACCUUAGCAGGCUCUAUAGCACAACACAUUUCUGUUUUGUAUUUUGACAUUUUCCCUUUAGUUUGGAUUUUUUUUUGCCUGGGAAGAACAGUGUGUUGUAAUGCCAAACUGAUGGUUAUUUUGGCCAUUUGUGUGUAAAUGCAUCCUUAUCUAUAAGGAAAGGAAAUGACAUGUCUAUGAAUGGCAAGUUGCCUGCCUUUGUAAUCCUUAUGAUAGUUUUAUCUUAUUCAUAGCAGUUGGCUUCUACUGCAGUAUUGUUGCCAUCCUGGACAGCGCAUCUAUUUAACAGAUCAUUAAAUCCUCAUGCUGGUAGUAUGAUUUAGUGUCCAUUCACUGUUACCUUUUUCUUCUGGAGGAGUUAGGUAGAUCAGCUCCCAUCAUGGUCAAUGGUAAGAGAUGAUGGGAGUUGUACUUCAGCAAAACUCCUGAGGUUUCACAGGUUGUAAUAAUAAUAAUUUAUUAUUAUUAUUAUUAUUAUUAUUAUUAUUAUUAUUAUUAUUACCCCACCCAUCUGGCUGACAACAGAAUAUUAAAUACACAAUAAAACAUCAAACAUUAAAAACUUCCCUAAACAGGGCUGCCUUCAGAUGUCUUCUAAAGUCAGGUCGUUGUUUAUUUCCUUAACAUCUGAUGGGAGAGCGUUCCACGGGGCAGGCGCCACUACCAAGGAGGCCCUCUGCCUGGUUCCCUAUAAACUCACUUCUUACAGUGAGGGAACCGCCAGAAGGCCCUUGGAGCUCAGUGUCCGGGCUGAACAAUGAGGGUGGAGACGCUCCUUCAGGUAUACUGAAAUAUGUUUGAAAGCACCCAAGAAGGGGCCACAUAGCACACAGUCAUGUUUCUGUUUGUCCCACACAAGAACUCACUGGACUCCAUACUUUUCAACAAUUGGACUCAACUCAGAGGAAUGUAAGCAGGUGUUGCAUGGUCCCUUUCUUAGCCAUCAUUUUCUGGGCAAUUCCAGCCCCAUCAUCAUGCCCAAGUCAUUCUAGCAAUUGUUCUGUAAAAUUGGCUGGACUAAGAGAGAGUGAUUGACUUAAAAUCACGGUAAGCUUUAAGGGUCUUCAAAUCCAGUGCUCUGUCCCAUGACAUCGAAUGCUCACAUGCAUAAUGGUCCCAAUUAUAUCACAAACAAACAAAUCAGGAAUAUUUGUCAAUUGAACCAUGGAUUGUGAUUCUGGUUUUGAGAAGAACAAAGUUUCGCAAUAGCAUCCAGUGACGAUAAAAAUGAACACACUUUGGUAACUUUUGCUUGCAACACAGUUUAUAAAUCUGCAAAUUAAUAGCAUAAAAAUACAAUAAAAUAGUUUAAAACAAUUUAACGGUAAGAUUUUAAAGAAGAGCAGAUAAAACCAAUAAAAGCUCAAUCAACGAUGAAACAGCAGAGGCCACAAUGAUGAGCCAUAAAUAAAGACAAAAUCCAGUUGGCACAAUAUAAAAGGCCUGUCUAAAUUCAGGAAGUCUUCACCUGGUUAUCUCAGUUGGCUAGAGUAGUAGUUUUCGACAAGUGUGCUGUGGCACAAUGAAUGAUGGUCAGGGGUGCCAUGGGCAACACUGGCCUCUGUCCCUCUUUCCUUUUGGUGCCCUCUCGCAUCUCUGCCUCCCAGAGGCUUGCACAGCUGAUUGUUGCAGCAGCCCUCCCUACAAGCUCCCCAGGCAAAUGGUGCUUCUGGAGCUGGCCAGGGGGUGCUGGUUGCAAGGAGCUGAGGCGCCUGCAGCACCUGCCUGGAGGACUCCCAAGGAGAGAGGAGAGAAGAGGAGGCUGAGGGAACACUCCACAAAGGAGGGUGUUUGAAAAAGGGUGAGAGGCUGCCAGCUCUGCAGGCAAGGGGUGACAUAACUGGGCUCCUGAACCCCACAGGGGUGCCACAGAAAGAAUGUAGUUGGUCAAGGGAGCCGUGGACUCCAAAAGGUUGAAAACCUGUGGGCUAGAGCAUGGUGCCGAUAAUGCCAAGUUGUAGGUUCCAUCCCCAUAUGGAACAUCUACACAUUCCUGCAUCGCAGGGCAUUGGACUAGAUGAUCCACAGGAUCCCUUCCAGCUGUGCAAUUCUAUGAUUCUAUGAUGGUGGAAGGACAAAAGUAGGACCUAGCCAUAAAAAGUGCUUCUCAAGAGGUAGAGAUUUGCACACAAAGAAUACUAGAAAUAUAUAGGGCAGAGCUAUAGCUCAGUGGUAGAGCAGAUGUUUUGAAAGCAGAAAGGUCUUGGUUCAAUCCCCAGAAUCUCCAGGCAGGACUGGGAAUCUCCCUUGUCUGAAACACUGAAUACCCACAACCAGCCAGCAAUGAUGGAAUAACAGUGUGAGUCUCUAUAAGGCAGCGCUCUACAUUCCUCUCUUGUAACCCCACCAAACCUGAUCUUGUACAUGCCUUGUGCAUAUAAUGCUUUCUGGAAACAAAAUCACUUCCUAAUUGUAAUUAGAUAGGGAUGGAGCUCUUUAAAGUCAUGCACUUUGCUGCAAUGUGUUUCGGCAUUCGGGAAACCAAUAAAAAUGGCAUGCUUUGGAGUUAUCCUUUGCUCUAAUUCCUGUGUUGCCAGCGAUCUUCCAUAAGCGUGGAGUAAAUAAUGCUCUAGGUUGAAAGCUUAAAACUAAUGAAUGCUGCCGUCCAAUUUGUUGGUUCAUUUUGUGUGCGUUGGCAGAACUUCAGUUUGUUUAAUUUGAAAUACUGGCCCACAAUGAAGUCAUUGUAUAAACGAUGGUCUUCAAGAAUCUGUAAGAUUGUUUUUAUGUCGCUGCAUAGUUCAAAUGGCUGUUUCAUAUCUGUUGAUUAGAAAUAAAGCCUAUCUCAGAGUAUAUUUUAAACAUUUUCUGCAAGGACAAAAAAAAUAAACAUCAGGGGAAAUUCUCUAGUCUAAAAAUCCCUUAACUGCUGUUCAUAGAAUCAUAGAAUUGUAGAGUUUGAAGGAUCCGUGACAGUCAUCUAGUCCAACACCUCCUGAGGGAAACGGUUUCACUGCCGAACAGCUCUUACCAUCAGAAAGUUCUUCCUGAUGUUUAGUCAGAAUCUCCUUUCUUGUAACUUGAAUCCAUUGGUUUGGGUCCUGGCCGCUGGAGCCGAGAAAACAAGCUUGCUUCCUCUUCCAUGUGACAGCGCUUUAGACAUUUGAAGAUAUGUCUCCUCUCUGUCUCUUCUCUGGGCUAAACAUACCCAGCUCCCUCAACUGUUCCUCAUAAGGCUUGGUUUCUAGACCCUUGAUCAUCUUGGUCACCCUCCUCAGCACAUGUUCCAGCUUGUCAAUAUCCUUCUUAAAUUGUGGUGCUCAGAACUGGGCACAGAACUCCAGGUGUUCUCUGGCCAAGACAGAAUAGAGUGGUACAAUUACUUCUUUUGAAACAGCCUAGAAUAGCAUUAGAUUUAUUUUGCUGUUGCAUCACCCAGUUCACUCAUGUUCAGCUUGUGGUCUACUAAGACCCCUAGAUCUUUUUCACAUGUACUACCACCACGCGGGUGGCGCUGUGGUCUAAACCACAGAGCCUAGGGCUUGCCGAUCGGAAGGUCGGCAGUUCGAAUCCCCAUGAUGGGGUGAGCUCCUGUUGUUCGGUCCCUGCUCCUGCCAACCUAGCAGUUCGAAAGCAUGUCAGAGUGCAAAUAGAUAAAUAGGUACCGCUCAGGCGGGAAGGUAAAUGGUGUUUCCAUGCACUUCUCUGGUCUCGGUGUUCCGUUGCGCCAGAAGCAGCUUAGUCAUACUGGCCACAUGACCCGGAAAAACUGUCUGUGGGCAAAUGUUGGCUCCCUUGGCCAGUAAAGCGAAAUGAGCCCCGCAACCCCAGAGUCGUUCGUGACUGGACUUAACUGUCAGGGGUCCUUUACCUUUACCUUUUUACUGGCAAUCCAAGUUUCCCUUGUCUUAUAUAUGUGCUGUUGGUUCUUCAUGCCUAAGUGUAGAACCUUACAGUUGUCCCUAUUGAAAUUCAUGUUGUUAGUUCUGGCCCAGUUCUCCAAUCUGUUCAGGUCAUCUUGAAUCUCAACUCUUGUCUAACAGCUACCCAUACUAGUUUGGUGUCACCUGCAGAUUUGAUGAGCAUUCCCUCAAUUCCUUCAUCCAAAUGGGCUAUAAAGACGUUGAACAACAAUGGGUUCAGGGCAGAAUCCUGCAGCCCCCCACUUGUCACACUUUUUUCCAGGAUGAGGAGGAACCAUUAGUGAGCACCCUUUCGGUUUGGUCAGUCAACCAGCUACAAAUCUACCUGGCAGCUUCUCUGGAAUAAGUAGGAGUUGCAGAAUAUUUGACUUCUUCUUCGCCACUGUGGACAGAAAAUGGCAACAUUCCCUAUUUUCUAGUACUGCUAGCAGAGCUGAGCUUUUCUUAAGAGUAAUGUGUGUCCCUGCCCAGAAUAGUCACCUUUGCUCAGGCAACUUAUACCACACAUCUACUAUAAAAGCCUGCAAGUCAGCUUGCAAACACUGGUAAGGUAAAGGUAAAGGGACCCCUGACCAUUAGGUCCAGUCGUGGCCGACUCUGGGGUUGCGGUGCUUAUCUUGCUUUAUUGGCUGAGGGAGCCAGCGUACAGCUUCCAGGUCAUGUGGCCAGCAUGACUGAGCCGCUUCUGGCGAACCAGAGCAGCGCACGGAAACGCCGUUUACCUUCCCGCCGGAGCGGUACCUAUUUAUCUACUUUGACGUGCUUUCGAACUGCUGUUGAAUGGUUUCUUUAAAUGUAAAGGUUCAUCACUGUUCCACCCGAUGUGUAUGUCUUUAAGGGGCCAGAGCAAGGGCCAGAGCAAGAUAACGAGACCCAGCUUUACAGCUGUGAAACAUAGCAGGUGCUGCUGAGUUGUAUUGAUUAAGCUGUGUUGGCAAUUGGGUGUAGUAUAUAAGGAGCAGCACCUAGCUCUCCCAUUACCCUGGGGGAUGGGUUGGUGGUUGGGUCAUGUUUGUUUGUUGAUGCAUUUAGUGUAUAAGGAGUUUUUGUUUUUGUAAUUAAAACCUUGUUUAAGUUAUUUUUGAGUCCCUUUUUAAUGCAUGGUCUCCCCAGCAAGCUCUCUGCAGCGCUACCAUACUGCAAAUAGCCAACAACUGCUAGGUUGGCAGGAGCAGGGACCGAGCAACGGGAGCUCACCCCGUUACGGGGAUUCAAACUGCCAACCUUCUGUCCUAGGCUCUGUGGUUUAACCCACAGUGCCCCCCGCGCCCCCAGUGCAAACACUGGCAGAACACUUUAAAUACAUAUACUUAAAAUAUCGAGUAGCAGUAUAUGGAAAAAAACCAUGCCAUCCAUCGACAUUUGAAAGCUCAGGACUUUACUAUGAUACACAUGCUAUACAUUUUUACCUCAGUGCUGUCUAGACGGCAAACUUGGGCCUGGCACGAAACAGUGUUCAGCCAUCCAAAAUUUAUUUAAGCGCAUUAUACUGGGGGAUAUUAGGUGGAGAAUUCUUUUCUGGUUUGGGGAGACUUGUGUUAAAAGCUGUGACACAGUAAUAAAAGCAAAGGGGAGGAGGUGAAAAUGUAAAUGAUCUUUAACUGCUUUUCCACCACCAGAAACAAUUGUGCUUGUUUGUGCCAAUAGUGGAGAGAUACAGAGUAAAUUAUGGGAAUAUUUAGAGGUGAGACAAGACUUUCUGUCUGUGAGCGUUGCUUCCCAGCAAAGAAAGGAAUCCAGAAAUUGAAGUUCCAGAUUGUACUGUUUAAAUAUCUAUUGUCCAUGAGUGAGGUAUAAUUUGUCUUGUGAACCAGACAGAUUGUCAGUGAGCUGCUACACACAGAAAUAGUUUUUCCCCCUUCCCCUAGCCUUAAAAUAUAUUGCAGAUGUUUUAAAGCAGGUAUUGCAAAACACUUCAUUUUGGUAUACAAUCUGCAGAUUAUUUCACUGAUGAGUGAAAUCUGGAUGAGUUCUGGUGUGUGUGCAUGUGGAUCACACAGUGACCCUCUAUAUGGAGCCUUAUCUCUCUCUACAUGUGAUAAAGAUUUUUAUCCGAGUCAGUAGCUGCAUUGGAUUUGAGAAUUAUUUUUAUUUAUGCAAUUGUGUUUAUACAUGCUGUUGUUUUAUCUGUUUUUCAAAGAUGCAAUUCUUCAAAAUAUGGUUUUAUUUCAUUGUGAAACCAUUUCACAAUGCUUCAUAGGAAGCAAUUCAUAAAUGAAAUAGAUAACAAUGACCAUCAUUACUAUUAUUAUUUUAUUAAACACCUUUUAACCACUAUCUCAAUGUGAUUUAUGCGUAAUAUCAUUAAAAGUAGAUAGAAACACAAAGGCAAGUGUUGGAUUUGUGUAUUGACUAAGCCGUCACUAACAUAUUUUUGAAACUUCUCUGACUGUUUGUUGUCUUUGUUUUUUCCAUUCCAUUGUUUAAAUUGUAUUUUUAAUAUCUAUUGUUAGCCAGUCGGAGAGCUUCUGGGCUGAACAGCAGGGUAGAAAUUUUCAAAAUAAAAUAAAUACAAUCAGCCUGUUUCUCAUGCAAGAUAACAAUCUUUCCUGUUCACUGUUGGAGACGGUAAGCAAGAACAAAGAUGGGCUGUUUCCAGUGUGGCUUUUGGUGCACAGCUGUUGCUUAAGAAGAUCUACACAUCUGGCUGUUUCCUGCAAAGACACACAUUUUGGCAAAAAUCCACCCAACAGUAAAAUAGAUCAGCGUGCAACCUUUAAGUGAUGUACACACAUAAACUUAAAUACGGGAUUAUAAAAUGUGUAUAUGCUGAGUCUUUUAAAGCUAUGUCAGAAAUAUCUUUCAGUUGUAUGGCUAGGCAGAGUUUCUCCCUCUUCCAGUGUGACAUCUCUUGUUAUUACAAUAGAAGUAAAAAUGCCCUCCUUUUUGAAAUCAGCUUUCAGCUGGCUUCGUAGAAUAAGAUUGAUUUGUGGAUCCAAAUUAUUUACUUUUUUAAUCUGCAGAUAAAUUUGGGCCACCGUCGAUUUCCAUGGGUGCACAAGGCUUAAAUAUUCAAGUCUUAACCAGAAAUUAAACUCGCUCAGGCAGCGCAGGAUUGAGUGCAUCAGCUUGAAGACUGGCAAUUCUCGUUUAAUACUUUAUCACUCUGCUGCUACCACCUUGGGUAGUGUUUAAUAGGGGGAAAAACAAAGUGCAUCUGUGUGAGCAUUCAGGAGGUUGUCAAUUUGGCAGGUGUCUUGACAAUGCCAACAGCUGGGUUUCACAAGACAAGCUUAGCUCGGGUAUGUGUAGCAAGCUGAGGCUUGUCCUUUCUCUUACCCUGGAGAAUGUCAGCAGUUUUCACCAGCAGAGGUUUGGCUAAAGUUACACUGUCCUGUUCUAUCAUUUCAUCGCCACAGCUGCAAAAGAAUUUAGGCCUGGUGGUCCCAUUUUAUUGGGGGAGGAUGGGAGGGAGAACCAAGUUUAAUUUAACUUCUGUCAUGUAUGACGUGUCUGUUCUUUCCAGUGCAACAUCUGCUCUAAUAAUUUGUUCACACUCUUAUUCCUUUUUUUAAAGGGUUUACAACAGGAAUAAAUGUUAUCUUCCCACCAGUCCACUUUUGAUUCCUUUUAUCAUAGUCCUCAUCCCCUGCAUACUUCCGCGCAAGAGCUUCCCCCUCCUUAACUUUAAUUUUAAACUACUUGGCAGUGCUCAGGGUGGCAGUUUUAAAAGCAUUGAAGCCAAUGAAAUGAUCAAGAAGAUAAAAAAGGCAAGAGAUUUUUGUUAUCUGAUGCACCCAUGAAGGGCAGCUACAGAAGAAUUUUCACCGUGGCAGGUCAAAUGCCUGCCAUAAUAAUGGUGGUUGUGAUGAUCAAAUGCCUGCCAUGAUGAUGAGAACAACAAUAGUCUUCCCCAGGCGACAUAAAGCAGAGAGAGCUGAGGCCAAAUUCCAGCAGGCAAAUUCCAACAGCCUAGAUGCAACCACAGAGGAAGCUUCCUCAUGUAUCCUAGCCAGGUCUUGUUUGGGCCACCAUUGGGCCACAACCUCCUCAGCAGAUCUUAGGAAGCAGAUGUGCUGGCCUGGGAGAAGACAGUCCCACGUGUAUCCUAGCCUCAAGCUAUUUAUUGGGGGGAAAUUGUCCAGUAGCACCUUAGAAACCAACUAAGUUUGUUCUGGGUUUUGUGUGCUUGUACAGUGGUACCUCGGGUUAAGUACUUAAUUCGUUCCUGAGGUCUGUUCUUAACCUGAAACUGUUCUUAACCUGAAGCACCACUUUAACUAAUGGGGCCUCCUGCUGCUGCCGCACCUCUGGAGCACGAUUUCUGUUCUCAUCCUGAAGCAAAAUUCUUAACCCGAGGUACUAUUUCUGGGUUAGCGGAGUCUGUAACCUGAAGCGUUUGUAACCUGAAGCAUAUGUAACCCGAGGUACCACUGUAUCUGAAGAAGUGUGCAUGCACAUGAAAGCUUGUACCCAGAACAAACUUAAUUGGUCUCUAAGGCACUACUGGACAAUUUUUUAUUUAUUUCGACUGCGCCAGACCAACAUGGCUAUCUACCUGAAUCUAUUUAUUGCUGUGCAGGUAAUUGCCAACACUCUGAAUUGUGCCCAAAGAAAAAUUGGCCAAGCAGUGCAGCUUUUAAAAGAAAGGGAUAAUAUACUUACAGCUUCAAGGCUUGUUGAAACGGGAACCAGCAUACUUGCAAGGCUCAAGUUGUGUAUGGAUUGUCUUUGUUUGAAAGGUUAUGCAUAUGCCCAGUGAUUUGUGUUUCCCAUAAAAUUUUGAAUAGGGGAAUUGUCAGAUUUUACUUGUAUUUAGCAGACAAAAGCGAAAUGCGCCCCAACCGCCAAGCUUGCAUAAUAUUUGGCAUGUAUUCAUUGUUACUAAUGAACUUAAGAAGUGUGGCGGGGGGGGGGAGUUCCAUGGAAAAAUUCUGCCCCGCAUCACUGUGUAUGUCUUCAGGUCCGCGUAUGUGGCCCAUGUGUAAUUUUAAACCUGUCUGGCAUAACUGAGGAGCAGCUUAAGGAGCUGUCUUGUGUUUUGUACAGGAAAACAGCAGGAGCUUGAAGCAGAACACCAGGACAUGUAUGUCGAAGCAGACCACGACCUUCACCUAUCGACAGGCCGAUCGGCACAGCCCCCAGCUGAGAAGCCCGGCGAAAGGAGAGGGGCUGAAAUGAAGAAACUCUACGGCUUGGGUGCCAGCAAAAUCCAAGCUAUGGAGACCACCAUGCAACUCAACUUUGAUAGGAACUGUGAUAAAAAGCAACCCAAGUACUGGCCAAUUAUUCCCCUGAAACUCUAAGGUUUGCAUCCUUUUUCCUUUUAGGAAUCUCAGGGCUCCAUAAAUUGAUGCUCGACUGAGCAGAAGGAUUCAGUGAAUGAAUCAAGAGUCAGCAAAAGCCCCCUUUCUUAUUUUCCUUUCCUCUUUCCAACUCUAUUUGAAUUUGCCAGUUUCCAGAGCCCAUUCCAACCCAACAGGAAGAGCUGAAUUAGUCAUUUGUACUGUAGGGGAUAGGGAAAAUACUCUAUAAAAAUAUAUUUCAAGUAAUUUGAUUUUGGCUUGCCCUGGCUCUGCAGGAAAUGAGGAGUAGCAUUUGUUUUCACUUAGCUGUGCUGGGGAAAAGGUUAGAGACUAUCCAGAAUUAUUAUUUUUUUACAUUUUUUUAAUGUUAUCUUAGAUUUGCCCUAGAUUUUAAAUGUGACUUCUUUCCUGUCACUUCCACCAAUACCCUGGAGGCAGCUAUUGGCCAAGAUACAAUAUAUUAAAUGACUGUAGUUUAACUAUUUGAGGGUUUUUCUCAGAUGUUCUACCAGUAGAAGAAAGUUAUGUUCGAGACUGAAACCUGGCCUGUGAUGUUUCACCUCAGAAGAAAACGUGUGAAGAGCUUUCCCCCACCUCUCCUUUCAGUUUGUUGUUGUUACAUGAUUAGGUAAUAAAGAAGUAUGAGAUUAAAAGUGUGUUUUCCAGCUCAUUCCAAAAUUGCAUUUCCCUCACCAGAAAGCAGGACAAUCUUUAAAGGUCUUGAUACUCAGGAUGGGCUGGGGGGCGGGAUAAAUAUUUCAAAACUGAUUCCUAUGCUCAAGGACCACAGUUCAAAAGUCAAUCAAGGGCAUAGAAUCAGAGGGGGGCAAGAAUUGGGCCUCUCCACUCUGGCUAGGAGCUCACCAAUCUACUCGUCUUUCCAAGCGUUCAAGGGAGCUGAGGUGCAGCUCUGAAGACAAUUAAGCCUGUGAACCUGAGAUGCUGUCUACCAUGCAUAUGCAUGGGCAGAUUAUUUUAUAUCCCACCUUUCUACCAUGAUGAAACCCAAAGCAGCAUGUAUAUGGUUCCCAAGCAGUCUCCCAUCCAGGCGUUGACCAAACCCAGACUUCAUCUCAGCAAUUUGGUGUCUUCAGACCGUAUCCUGGGAUCAGUCUACUUCCGGUCCAUGGCACUUUUGAAUCUGUUAAUCUCCAAGGCCAUUCUAGUACAUUUCUACAUUGAUCUGCAUUUUUUUAAGACCGGCCUCUGAAAAAUUGCAUUGCAUGGAACAUUCCUAAACACAAAAUACGCCUUUUCAAACGAAGUACAGUGGUACCUCAGGUUAAGAACUUAAUUAGUUCUGGAGGUCCGUUCUUAACCUGAAACUGUUCUUAACCUGAGGUACCACUUUAGCUAAUGGGGAUUCCCACUGCCACUGCACAAUUUCUGUUCUCAUCCUAAAGCAAAGUUCUUAACUUGAGGUACUAUUUCUGGGUAAGCGGAGUCUGUAACCUGAAGCGUCUGUAACCUGAGGUACCACUGUACCACGUUGCAAAUUUGCAAGGGUUCUAAUUCUGGCUUCUAAUUUACGUUUUGAUUGGCCCAUCAAUCUGGGAGGUAUGUAUCAGGUCAGUUCAUAUCAGAAUUUACAAAAAACAAAUGCCUCAAGAAUCCCUAGCAGUGCGUUUGAUUUGGAUAUAUUUGCAGUUCUGUCUCGUGCAUGCCAAAAAUAUGAACACACGCUAAAAGUGUUAACAGAUUUCAGACACCCCUCCAUAGAAAAGUAUUUCUCCAAAACGCAUUGUUUGAAAUCCAGGCCACAGCCAUGUCUUCCAGGACUUGCUAGUGUGUAAUUAACUUCAGUAGACAUUAGCCUGCCUCCUAUUCAACUUGCACCAGUUAACCAACAUGUUAGAACACACCCUGGAUAUUAGUAAACAUUUUGUAGGCAUGCAUUUUUUUGCUAAUUUGUGUAAUUACUAUGCCAGCAAGGAUUCUAAUAAAAAUACAUUUGAU